AUGACUACAUAUCCACCAAUUCAACCUCGUCCUAUUAUAAGUAAACCAGUCACAAUAAAUCAUAUUCAAUAUUCUGCAUCAUCAAACUAUCCUAUUCAAACUGGCAUCGUACCGAAUAGCAACGGUUAUCUACCACAUUCAGAUGUUAAUCCAUCAGUACAAACUCCUUCGGUCUAUGCCGCACCAUUAUCUCCUUCCGAAGAAUUUCUCAAACGUCUUCGUGAUUUUCAUCGAGGUCGUCAAACGGCUUUCCGUACUUUGCCAACCAUUGCUGGUCAAGUUAUUGAUUUACACGUACUGUUCAAUACAGUUAUGAGUCAUGGCGGCUGGGAAAAGGUCCAUGAAAGGCAAUUGUGGUCCACAGUUGCGAGCCAUUUUUCUAUUGAUGAUACAUGUCUCAAUGGUACACAAGCAUUGAAGAAUAUCUAUAUUCGAUAUUUGUAUGCUUAUGAAAAAGUCUCAAAUGGAGAAAAUAUUGAUGCGUUCGAUGGAGAGAAUGAUGACGCAAAACGAAGAACAUAUGCGCAAUUGCAACGAGUGCCUCAAUCAUAUAAUUAUGCGCAACAUGCAGUUCCAGAAGCUUUGCGUGCUCAACAAGGUUUGUUUACUGAUUUGGUUCCUCGAACAGAAUUUGAAAAACUGGAAUUAGCAUUAUUAUGUGGUUUUCCCAAUGAAAUCACAUUUACGUUGAAUACUCUACUCCUCCUAUCCUCUUCGCCUGUCCAUUCAAAGUCAUUUCAUUUAUACAAAUGUCCACGGUUACUAAAUCUACUCUAUCGACAUGUGGGAUUAUUCUCCUCAGCAGAAGCUAUACCAUCUGAUCAUCAACUCAAGUCUUUAUACGAAAAUCUUUGGUCGAAACAUGCUGAUUAUCAUAUGGAUUCAUUUUGGAUCGAAUCGUGUUCGCCUUCGUUAGUCAAAUUAUUCUUCAAUAUUGAUACAGAAGAUCAUUCGAAUCUUCCCUAUAAAAAUUUCAAUUCGAAUUUCAAUUUGAACCAACAAGAACAAGAAUUUCGCGUUGAACAAAUCUUGAUGAUCAUACGAAAUCUUUCGUUUGAUCGUGUCAAUGCACUUUUCUUACUUGAAACUCUACGAUCAUCAUCAUCAUUGACAUACCGACUUUUAUUAUUAAUGUCAUCAUGUCAAAAACAUGUCGAAUUACAAAAAUAUGCUCUAGAUAUUUGGUCAAAUUUAGCUUUAUAUUUGCAUUUACGUAUGAUAAGUAAUGAUGAAGGGUAUCUUCUUCGACAAUUAUUAGUUUCAUUAUUGAAUGGAAAUGAAGAUGAAAAUCAUCAACAAGAUCGGCUGGAAAUCAUUCGUGCUUUAGAAAUUCUUUCAAAUUUAGCACAAGCUGGAAAUGACAAUGCCAUGUAUUUGAUCGAUUAUGUGAAUAUUAUUGUUAAACAUCUCCUACAUAUUCCUGAUAUACUUGUUUUGGUUCACACAUUAGAAUGUUUAUAUCAACUAUCAGAAUUAGGAGAGCAAUUAUGUGAUGCAAUACUCAAUGUUGAAUCUUCCUCGUCGACUUUAUCAACUUUGAUUGAUUUAUUAACAAUUGAAGCACGAAGUUUUUCUUCUCAAACGAUAAAAACUAUUAAGAUAGUUGAAAUGUCAUCUGGUCCUGUUCUUCUUCCAUCAUAUCAUCAACCACCAAAAGCACCUCAAUCAGUUGUACUUAUUCCAACGAAUCAACCAACAAUGCAAUAUCCAACAUAUUCAAUGGAAAACUUCGAAAUGAAUAAAACAAAUCCAAGAUUUAUUAUUCAAGCACAACCAUCAUCACAACAACAUUCCAAACCUUUGAUAAUCACGGAUGUUCUUCCAUCAGGAAGUGUUUUAACUGUGACAUCCACGCCCUCAAAUACUAUUUCUACUGUAAACGACAAAAAACGAAAACUUGAUGCUAAUUCUGAUUCACUUGUUUCACUGCUUACUGAAUCAUCGAAACGUCCUAGUAGUAUACCUUCAAAUACGUUGAAAAUACCGGUUCCAUCAUCAACAACACAGGAUGAAAUACAUCCAAUUCAAUCAGCAAUCAACGAAGCUCUUGAUCAUUGUUCAUCAUUGGAUAAUGACGUUCGGGCAUGUGUAAAUGAUCUGUGUCAACGUGUUUCACUUAUUCUCGAUCAGUCUCUAUCAUCGCCAGUAUUUAAACGAAAAAUUCAAACUCAACCAACGAAAGAAGUUUCUUCUGCAGAAGAACAAAUACAACCGAGAGCAAUGAUGACAAAUUCAGUGGAAAAGAAAGAAAAUUUGUCAUAUGAUUAUAUCUGCGAAUGGGAUAAUUGUCGAGCAGCUUUUCCAACGGCACGAUCGGUUUUGCAUCAUAUUUGUUCAUCUCAUAUCAAAUAUUUGACUGAUUAUGUUUGCCUAUGGAAUGGAUGCGACCGAUUGAAACGACAAAAAUGGGCAUUAAUUAGUCAUGUUCAUGAUCGUCAUUGUUCUGAAGCAGCAUUUCGGCAGGCAAAGUUACGUUCAACAAAUCCUGUACCUCCUGCAGCAAUAACGAUUAAUACGAAUCGUGUACCGACAUCGACAACUAAUUCAAUGAGUUAUGCAUCAGAUGCUGCUUGGUUAGCUAUUCGACGUCAUAUGCAAGUAAAUCUAUUUGAAGAUCAAAUUAAUAAGAGUAAAGAAGGUCCAUUAACAAAAAGCAUUCGAUUGACAGCUGCACUCAUUCUGAGAAAUCUUGCACGACACUCAUCCAUUGGUAAACAAAAUCUUCGUCAAUAUGAACAACUGUUGGCAAAUUUAACAUUAGAAUCGUUAGAAGCAUCACAUAUAUUGAGUUCAUGUCUAUUUGAACUUUACAACUGA